CUCUCUUCUAAACUCCAAAUCAAACCCUAAUUCUCCCCAAUCAUUGCCUUCAAACCUUCAAUCAAUUCAUUAAAUUCGCAUAUAACCCCAAUUUGACCGUACACACCCGAAUCGAGGCUGAAAUUGAGCUACCUUUUGAUGAUUACCUUUUUUUUGAAGUUCUUUUUUUGCGACAAUAGGGUUUUUCUGCGCUUAAUCCCUGUCGAAUCUUGAUAAAUUCUUGCGUUUCUUUUGCAACCUGGCUAUGGACUACGAACCCUACGAUAGCAGCGGCCUAUUUUGAUAUGUGGUCAACUGGCCAUGUUGCAUGACACACCAUGUUUGACUAAUAUCCUCUACAUCCCGCGGUCCACUUCUUGAACUGGGCUUCUUUUUGAACAAGGGGGAGGAAGGUCUAGAAAGCCCUUGUUAUUGAUGGGGCUCGAACAGCUCAUUGCGAAGUAAUACCAGCUCCAGAGGCAUAGUUGGUGAAGGCCUGAAGGGACUAACAGAGCCUCUGUCAUCAAAUAAUCUAAUCUGGAGUUUGGAGUCUAUUUUUGUAGUACGAUUCUUUUUUUCUGGAUGAUCCAUAAAAAUGGAACUGAUGACGAUCUUCCGCCGUCCCAUCAAAAUAGAAUUCCAAGAGGUGGACGUGUUACAGGGAAUGGAAGAUCUGCAGUUAUGGGUUCUGUGCAGUAUCCUAGGAUAUAUGGGGAAAAUGAUAUGGAAGCCCAAAUUCACCACCUUGAGCAAGAAGCAUACAGUUCAGUUUUACGAGCCUUCAAAGCUCAAGCUGAUGCAAUUACUUGGGAAAAGGAAAGUUUAAUCACUGAACUUCGAAAAGAAUUGAGAUUAUCAAAUGAAGAGCACAGGGAGCUUUUGGGCAAAGUAAAUGCAGACGAUGUUAUCCGGAGAAUAAGGGAGUGGAGACAAUCCGGUGGGCUUCAACCUGGGAUGCUCAACACAGGGCAAGCUGUUCAUGAUCCAUUACCAAGUCCAUCUGUCUCAGCAUCUCGUAAGAAGCAGAAAAUGAACCCCUCGGUACCUUCUCAAUCGUUUAAUGUGCCAUCUCCGUCUUUUCAUCCACAACCGAUACCUGCACCAAACCAGCCAUCUUCAUCUUCUGCUCGACGAGCACCCAUGACAGGGACGAAGGGGAAAAACAAGAAAUCUGGUCAGAUGAUGGGGGGAGCAUCUUCCAUGAAAAUGCAGUACCCUCCAACAGGCCCAACUGGGAGGGGACAGCUUGGUAAUCGUGUCAAUCCUGGUGCACUUGCAAAUGAGCCUGCUGAAACCUCAUCAUUGAUUGGGAGAAAAGUGAGAACCAGGUGGCCUGAUGACAACAAUUUCUAUGAAGCUGUUAUAACAGACUACAAUCCUAAUGAGGGUCGGCAUGCUCUAGUUUAUGAUAUUGGUACUGGAAAUGAGACAUGGGAGUGGGUCAAUCUUGCAGAAAUAUCUCCAGAGGAUAUACAAUGGGAAGGUGAGGACCCUGGGAUUCCUCAUAAAGGCGGGUAUGGUCAUGGAAUGAGUAGAGCUGUUGGUCAAGGUGGAGGAAGAGGUAGAGGGAUGUCAAAGGGUCAAACAAGAAAGGAUUUUCCACCAUCACAGAAUGGCAUAGGAAAGAAGGGUCUGGAUGAUAUUCAAUUACUUCACACAGAUACUCUAAUAAAGGAGGUGGAGAGGGUAUUCGGGUCUAGUCAUCCAGAUCCUCUUGAAAUAGAGAAAGCUAAGAAAGCGUUGAAGGAACAUGAAGCAGCACUUACGGAUGCCAUUGCCAGGCUUGCAGAUAUAUCUGAUGGUGAAAGUGAAGAAGGUGGGCGAUUGAUGCGUGGACAGGCAAUGGAUCGAGGAUAAUGGAAAGUUACAAGAAAUAGGUAGCGCAAUACUAACGGUUAAUGGGGUGGGAAUAGAUGUGUAUUUUUACUUAGAUUUAGGGAUAGAAGAUUGCAAUAUGAGAAUAGGAGGCAUUUGCAUUGUAAAGUAGUAAAGUUAGGCCUUAUAUAAUUUAUUACAUAAUGGUUGGAGAAAGGGGUAUAAAUUCAUUUGGUGUACAAUCUCUUUUCUUGGAGGUAUUUCUUGCAUCAGAGUCUCUUCAAAUUCUAUGUGCCAACUCAACAUCAUGGAUUUU